AUGGCCGACCGCACGCCUGCACCACGAAAGCGCGCCGCUCCUACCGUCGCAGUAGACGCGCAAGGUCGCAAUAUAUUUUGCAUGGCCUACAGGAUCACUCUCCGUCACGAAGUCGAUGGUCUUGCGAAGAAGAACGAAUUCGUCAACGCCGUGAACGAAGCCGAAGGCGCCAGAGUCUAUCACAACGACGAGUUGUCCCGAAUGUUCAGCUACAAGGUCGAAGCUGGCUACGCAGAUCCGUUGAAGGACCUAGUGGAUGAGGAGACCCGUGUCGAAUCCGCAGUGUUUGAGGAAUACACUGGGACUGAGCCUCUGACUCUUCCGGCGCUUGACUAUGGACUGUAA